AUGGUCUUUAAUGCUUUGGAGAUGUUCUUAGGUGGGAUUGUGGUGGGAGGUGUGGAUCGCGACAAAGUUGAGUGGAAAGGAGAUGAUGGAGGCGUACUUAUGGUUGCUUCUUGCUAUGGCUUCUAUGCUUCUUUUCGUACUCCUUAUGGUCCUCCAAAUAAGUUUGAUUGCUCUUUGGAAAAAAUUUGGAAGAUGGAGGUUCCUUACAAGAUAAGAACAUUCGGUUGGAGACUUUGUGUAAAUAGGCUUCCUUUGAAGGACUUAUUGAAGGUUAGAGUGAAGUAUAUUUGGAAAGAAAUAGCGCUUUGGGUGGAUAAACCGUACGUUUCGGAGGAGGAGUGCCUUUCGUGUUUUUGGGAUUGGUAUUCUUUUUGUAAAGGGAAGAAUUUAAGGGAGAAAAAGAGGGGAGUCAUUUGGCUUGCAACAACUUGGACGAUUUGGCUUAUUCGGAAUGGGGUGCGCUUUCGAAACGACGAGUGGAAUGUCAACGACAUGGUUUGGAGUAUUAAAUUUUUGGUGUGGAAAUGGAAUUGCAUAGGUGAUAUUACAUACCCCAAUUCUAACUUUUACGAAUUUAGUAAAGAUCCUUUACUAUUUAUAUCGUAA